CAAUAGGAAGCAGGCAGUCCCACUUCCUUAGCAACCAGUUUUUUGUUUACACUAGUAACCGUUCCGCUUCUUUAGCAACAGGUUUGGGGCACCUGUGCAUCGUGUAGUUGAAAUCUGAUUUCUCUUUCAUAAUUACUGAUAAUCAGAAACAUGGAGAGAUCCGUGGAAUCACGAGAUGACCAAAGGCGACAGACUGCGGUUUGCUUCAAAGCUUUUCUCUUGAAAAAAAGCACAAAAACCAACCUCAACCUCUAUGACCACCUGGUUCGUCUGCUCAUCCGAGUGAUGAACGAGCGCCCCGAGAACGCGGUGGAUGUGAUAGAAGAUCUGAGCCAUGAGGUGAAGAGGAGCAUGCUGCAGGAGAAGCAAAGCACACUGAAGGACGCUCCGGACGCAACCUCCGCUGAGCUGCUGGCUGAACAACAGAGGGCGCUGUUUAGCCGCGGUGACGAGGGAGCCCACGAUGAGAUAGAGACACCUCUGCCCAACGUGACUGAGUUGACGUACUUCCUGGAGCAGAUUGGGGUUGGUCUGGGCCGGGAGGAGAUGCAGAGGAUCCUUCUGGCUCUAAAGCAGCUGGUGGACAUGCAGCCUUUGGAACGCUGCCGAUUCUGGGGCAAAAUCCUUGGUAUAGAAGGAAACUAUAUAGUGGCUGAGGUGGAAGUCAGGGAUGGUGAGGAUGAAGAGGAAGAAGAAGUGGAGACCAUGCAUGCUAAAGAGAAAGAGGGAGAAGCUCAAGAGGAAGAUGAGCUGGAUCCAUUCCCCAAGUCAAGCUUCAAGCCUCCAACAACAAUCCCUAAGGAGCCUCGUCGCUCUGGUACAAACAAGUUCACCUACUUUGUGUGCAGAGAACCUGGCCUGCCCUGGGUCCGUCUUCCUGACGUCACCCCUGCUCAGAUCACAGUCGCACGUAAAAUCCGCAAACUUUUCACCGGGCGCCUGGAUGCUCCGAUUGUGAGCUAUCCACCCUUCCCAGGCAAUGAGGCCAACUACCUGCGUGCCCAGAUCGCCCGCAUCUCAGCGGGCACUCAAGUCAGUCCACUGGGUUUUUAUCAGUUCAGGGAGGAGGAGGGAGAAGAGGAAGAGGAAGGUGCACGAGACAGCGUCGAAGAAAACCCUGACUUCGAGGGAAUGCCCAUGCAAGAGAUGGCAGAGUCGCUGUCUGCAUGGGUUCACCACAUACAGCACAUUCUCCUGCAGGGUCGUUGUGCGUGGGUCAAUCUGGCCGAAAAGACAGAGGACCUCCUUGAAGAAGACAUGGAUGAAGAGGAGAAGGAGGAAGAGCCUGAUGAGCCUGAGCCUGAGGUCGGCCCGCCGCUUCUCACACCUCUUUCUGAGGAUGCAGAGGUAAAUAACACUAUUCCUUGGAGUACCAGGAUCUCCUCAAACCUAAUCUCCCAGUAUGCCAUUGCUUUUGUGCGAUCCAACCUGUGGCCUGGAGCCUACGCAUACGUGUGCGGCAAGAAGUUUGAGAACAUAUACAUCGGCUGGGGGCUGAAAUUCUUGGGUGAGGGCUUUAACCCGGCCCUGCCUCCUUCCCCACAGCCUGAGUACCCCAGUGGCCCUGAGAUUACAGAGGAAAUUGACCCCAGUGUGCAGGAGGAAGAGGCUCUAAGGGAAGCCCAAGAGGAGAAGGAAGCCGCCCUGGAAGGCAACGAUGCAUUGGAGGCCGAGGAUGAAGAAGAGGAGGAGGAGGGGGAGGAGGAUGACGAAGAAAACUAAAUGAGACACACAGGGACACAAGUGAAUUGAAGUCCUUUCACAUGUGACUAUGUUAAACUGAAUGGAUAAGCAUUGCAUCCUCUUUCCUUUGUUAUUAACAGCUUUCUUCAUUCUGUUUGGCCAGAGAGUUGAUUUCUGUGAUUUGUCUACUACACACCAUCUAAUACAAUAUCAUUCCUACCUUAACAACCAAAUUCCUAGGAUGUAUAUGAACAAAUUAUUGCUAUAAUGCGGUUCUCAAAGUGCAGGGCCUGCCCUCUAGUGGAAAAUAAAGACAUGACAGGUAGGACGCAACAAAUGGCAGGAUUUCCAUCAAUUUUUUGUAUUCUUUAUUAUUCUUCAUUUACGAUUUUCAUACGUUCAUACACUCAAAGCACAAAGCAACCACAAACAAAUAAUUAGGUCAUUAAUGCAAGUAAAUGAGAACACCAAUUGUUUUUAUUUAGGUAGAGUACAUAACACAAUUACACUUUUAUUUAACAUGAGGUUAUUAAAGCAUUUCAUUACCAUUUUUUCGGGUGAUGGAUCCCCUUCCGCUCUAAAGUGGGGAAGGGCAGAAAAGAUUUGAGGACCACUGAUAUAAUCUGAAGUGUUUAUAUGAAAGAAUUCUCCAGUUUGAGCACCCUGUAAUCUGACUGAAACAGGACAAUCUUUACAAAAAAGGCUUAAAGAUUUCUCAGUGACAUUAUAAGCUCUUACUAACUUCAAAAUGGAGAACAGGAAUAAAGGCACGUAUAUCUCAUUUUUUUAAUUACUGAAAACCACGAACCAUUGACAAGUUGCUGUAGUGUCAUGGGAAUAAAAAAUACAGUCAUGCCAGGUUUAAUGCCUUACAGAGUCCAAAACUACAAGCCUACAAGUCCAACAUAUCAAAUGUAGUAGAUCAGCUUGUUCUGCAAUGCAUUUUAAUUUGAUGCAUGAUGGAUGCUUGGUUUGGUUUAGGAAUAAGUAGAGCAGGCCCUAGCACACUUCUAUUUCCAUUCUUACCCAAGUAUCUGUUAUUUGGCUUGUUCACAAUGUAGCUUGAACUGAGUUAAAAUAAAUGAACACAUUUAUAUUUAAAAAAAAAAAAAGAAGAAAAAGAGAAAG